UUACCAAAUUGCUAAUUGAGACCAAAAAGCAAACCAAAUCAAGUUUUGGUCUCACGCAGCGAAAGUGAUGAUCAAGGGGUUGUUCUACAGCGAGUUCGACAACGUUGCGGGGCCUGUGAUUCUCUUCCAGGCACCAGAAAAUGUGCUGAGCAACGAGGUUUUUGACAGUGUGUCUGGCUACAUUAUCAUUGACAAGGCUCUAUGUGGAAAGAUCAUCACCGGUGGACGCAAAUGUUAUUGUGAACUUGAGUGUUAUCAUUGUACUUAUGGCUCUAUUGUAUGGUGGCAGUUCGAGCGCAGCAAAUGAAGAUCGUUGGGUACCCUGUGUGCAUCGAGGACGACAAGUAUCACCGUAACGCGCUCUUAUUUAACAUUGGUUUUGUGUUCGACGAGCUCGUAGAGACGGCACCAUACCGACCAAUUCUGCGAAAGGUUGGACGGUGGAGAAGUUUUCAUAGUAUCAUGCUACACCGAUGAUAACCUUUGUGGUUGUUAUAACUGCAGUUAGGAGCUUUGGUGGAGGGAAUGGAGAAAGAAAGUGGAUUCCUGUACAAUGCAGACAAGAAGGAGCUCUUGGGGACAAUCCUGCCUCAGAUUUUGAGAGAUUUGACGCUGCAUGGCGAGUGCACUAUUCCAGUGGACACUGCGAAUAUUGUCAACUUGAAGCUAUUUCCGACGUUGCAAGACCCAGCACCUGUGUUUGAAUACCAAGUGCCAGUUGCAAUUCGAGACCUUCGUGCUCUACUCGAAAACAGUGAAUGGGAUUUGGCGUUGCAACAGAUCGUUCCAUUCAUCGAUGGGGUCCGAUACGUGAAGCGCAUUAGCUUGGAAGCUGAUGUAGAGAUUGCAAUCGUCAAGAAGUGCGUCCGUCAGCUUCUGUACUACGGUUGCGUCACCCUGAUCGAUAUCUUCCUGCAUUCCAACAUCUACGCCAACACUCCGAAGAUUGCCGUGCUAGCAAAUGAUCCCAAACUACAAGCCGAGUGUGCUGUAUACAUCUCGAAAUCCGGCCAUGCUCCGCCAUCAUUCGCUCGGAUUUUCGCGUUGUAUUGCUCGGUCCAACCCAGUCUGCGUAUGAGCGACUUCUGCGUCGUGUACUCCGAAUCGCUCACGUUCAUCGAUGUUCGACGAUUUAUCACGUUCGGACUCAUCCAUGGCUUCUUGAGACGCGUGCAUCGGUAUCCUAUCUGCAUCGACCGCAACUUGCCUGGUUCCAGUCCGCCGCAACAGCAACAAACCCAGCAGCCACAGCAACAGCCACAGCAGCAGCAAGGAGGCCAGCAAAAAGGUCGGCCUUACGCAUUGUCGACGAAUUCCCCGUCAUUAUCUGGGAUGAACCCCAUCAGCGCUGCUCCUACAUCAACUCAACCCGGAGGAGUGGGAGCGAAUGGCGUGAGUGGGAACGGUGCUGGUGCCUCCAAUGGAGCUGGAGGCAAUGUGGCUUCACUGACGUCCUCUAAACGAGCACUGGUGAGCAAGGCCAAUCAACUGGAGAAAGACGUGCUUCGAAUGAUGGACGGUGGUCACCACACGGACGAAAUCUGCAGCAAAUUCUUGUUGCGCUACACCGAUGUGGAGUCCACCAUUCAGAUGACACCCAACUGCUUUGCAGUUCACAAGUGAGAUCAUCAAACUGUAAUAUAAUACACCUGGAGAGGCAGCAUGAAAAAAAAUCGACAUCAUCAUAUUUAAAUUUCUCCCAUGACGGACACACG